CGUCGACUGCCCGUCCUCGUAAAUUCGGGGCACCGAUUAGGGGAGCUUUAGCUCGCUCGACCGCGCCGGAACCCCGCUUCCGGAUUACUUCGAGACUCUUAAUUUUCUUUUUCUUCUUCUUUUUCUCCCUUUUUUUCUUCCACCUUGUCCCAAGUGAACGAUUUUUUUUUCCUUCUUGUGUGCCGUUUUGAUCUUCACGAAAAUGCGUUAACGCGAAAGUAUGUCCAUGGAGGAGACACACGGAGGCGGCAUGUCUUCCGCGACGCUCUCGUCCGUCUUGCUCCUUCUACUUUUCGGUCGUGCCGCGAAUGCUCAGAAAAGUUUAGAAUUUUUUGAUCUCCUACCCGAAGAUCCUAAGUUGUAUGACAAAAUGCGACCUCCCAAGAAAGAUGGCCAGGCAACCGUCGUGUAUUUUCAUGUUACCGUGAUGGGACUCGAUUCCAUCGACGAAAAUUCAAUGACGUAUGCCGCCGAUAUUUUCUUUGCCCAAACGUGGAAAGACAAUAGACUUCGAUUGCCAGAAAAUAUGACGUCCGAGUAUAGAUUAUUAGAAGUCGAUUGGUUGAAAAACAUGUGGCGACCGGAUUCCUUCUUUAAGAACGCAAAGUCGGUGACUUUUCAAACAAUGACGAUACCGAAUCACUAUCUGUGGCUGUAUAAGGACAAAACCAUUCUCUACAUGGUGAAGUUGACUCUGAAACUUUCUUGCGCCAUGAAUUUUCUGAUCUAUCCCCACGAUACGCAAGAGUGUAAACUGCAAAUGGAAAGUCUGUCCCACACGACCGACGAAAUGAUCUUCCAGUGGGAUCCCGACGUUCCCCUCGUUGUAGAUGAGAAUAUCGAGCUGCCCCAACUCCAGCUCGUUAAAAAUUAUACGGCCGACUGCACACAGGUCUAUUCCACUGGUAACUUUACUUGCCUCGAAGUCGUGUUCGUGCUGAAGCGACGUCUCGGCUAUUACCUGUUUCACACUUACGUGCCGACGUGCUUGAUCGUCAUCAUGUCGUGGGUGUCGUUCUGGAUAAAACCCGAGGCCGCGCCCGCCCGAGUCACCCUGGGAGUCACCUCGUUGCUCACCCUCUCCACGCAGCACGCCAAGAGUCAGGCCUCCUUACCGCCCGUUUCAUACCUGAAGGCCGUCGACGCCUUCAUGUCAGUCUGCACGGUGUUCGUGUUCAUGGCGCUGAUGGAGUAUUGUCUGGUGAACAUCGUCCUCGGCGAUUCGGAUGCGCCCGCAGCGAAACCCGCGCCUCCGCCACCGCCGCCGUCCUCGAGCACCGCGGACUCGGCCAAGCUCGACAAGAUCUUCGAUAUCGCUGCCAAGAAAUCGCCGACUGUACCGCCUGGACCCACCCCGGCCCAAAGGGCGCGAGUACGGGCGCUGAACAUCGACCGCUUCUCGCGCUUCUUCUUCCCUUUCCUGUUCGCCGUGCUGAACGUCACCUAUUGGAUAAUAAUUAUAUACAAAGUCAAAAACGGGGGUGUUAUAGGAUCGGUGCAGAGAGGGGAUAUGUCACCCGUGGACGUGGUGACAGAGAGUCAUACUCGGUUAUGGCCGACCGUUCCCAGGUCAAGAGGAUCGCACGCGAAGAGACCGCAUCCCUGCGAGCAGAGCUCGUGUUACCCCGCAACCGGGAACCUGCUGAUCGGCCGUAAGGACAAACUAAGCUCUUCGUCGACGUGCGGUCUCACAGGUCCCGAAAGAUUCUGCAUAGUUUCCCACCUUAAGGACAGGAAGAAGUGCUUCUUCUGCGACACGUCGAUACCUAAACAGCAACAUAACAUUGAGAACAUCGUCAGCGGUACAAGUUAUAGAUCAUGGUGGCAGGCCGAGAACGGAGUGGAGAAUGUCACGAUACGCUUCGAUCUUGAGGCAGAGUUUCACUUCACGCACAUUAUCAUUCGCUUCCAAACCUUCCGACCGGCUGCCAUGCUGAUCGAACGAUCGUACGAUUUCGGAAGAACCUGGCAGGUGUAUCGGUACUUCGCUCACAACUGCGAGCACUACUUCCCCGAAAUCCCGACCCACCAACCGCAAAGAUUAACGGACGUUAUCUGCGAGACGAGAUACUCGGCUGUGGCACCGUCCACUGGCGGCGACGUAAUUUUUAGGGUGUUGCCGCGAAAUUUGGAUAUCGACAAUCCCUAUUCAAAGGAAGUGCAGAAUCUGCUAAAGAUCACCAAUCUCAGGAUCAACAUGACGAGACUCCACACUCUGGGCGACGAUCUGCUCGACGAUCGGGCCGAAAUUCGCGAAAAAUACUAUUACGCCAUCCAAGAUAUGGUGAUUCGCGGUUCGUGCUCCUGCUAUGGGCACGCCUCGAGGUGUUUGCCGUUACCGGGAGUCGCCGAUGAGGAGAACAUGGUCCACGGCAGAUGCGAGUGCACGCACAACACUAAGGGUCUCAACUGCGAGAAGUGCGAGGACUUCUACAACGACCUGCCGUGGAAACCCGCGGUCGGCAAACAGACGAACGCCUGUAGGCCUUGCAAUUGCAACAAUCAUACCAGUUCCUGCCACUUCGACGAAGCGGUCUACGAGAGAUCGGGCAGAGUAUCCGGCGGUGUCUGCGACGAUUGUCAGCAUAACACGCGAGGGCAGAAUUGCGAACAAUGCAAGCCGUUUUAUUAUCACGACGUGACGAAGGACAUUUCUGACCGGGACGCUUGUCAACCCUGCGACUGCGACCUAAACGGAUCCUUGGAUGAUGGCAUAUGCGACUCGAGAACCGAUCCUCUAAGUGGCGACGAGUCCGGACGCUGUCACUGUAAAGCGAACAUUGACGGGCGUCGUUGCGACCGUUGCAAGAACGGCUUUUGGAACUACGAUCCCGACAAUCCCGAGGGAUGUCAAGCCUGCACCUGUAACACCUUGGGUACCAUCGACAAUCAGGGUUGCAACGUGGUGACCGGCGAGUGCACGUGCAAACGGUAUGUCACAGCGCGCGACUGCAAUCAAUGCGUGCCGGAAUAUUGGGGACUCUCCGAGGACCGGGAUGGAUGCAAACCGUGCGAUUGUGAUCCUGGAGGAUCAUACGAGAAAUCCUGCGACGUCAUCACCGGCCAGUGCAGAUGCAGGCCGCAUGUCAGCGGGAGAACUUGCAAUCAGCCGGAACAGAGUUAUUACACCGGCUCGCUAGACUUUCUCAUUUACGAAGGAGAAUUGUCUAGAGCGACCGACAACUGUCAAGUGGUGAUCAGAGAGCCUUAUCGCGAUGGUAGGAAUAGUACGUGGACCGGCACGGGUUUCAUGAAGGCUCUCGAGGGCUCGGUAUUGAACUUCACCAUCGACGACAUUCGCAGAUCGAUGUGGUACGACGUGAUUGUACGGUACGAACCGGUGCAUCCGGGCGUCUGGGAGGACGUGCAGAUUAUUCUCGAGAGAGACAGCCUACCGGAUCCUAAUGGGCCGUGCGCCGAUUGGAGACCCGAAUACGAUCGCCUGUGGGUUCAAUUGCCUCUGCGUUCGAGAAGCGCCAUGGCGCAACCGUCUAUAUGUCUAGAGGCGGGAAAACGCUACAAUCUUCUGUUGCAAUUCCGCAAGUUCAACAGCCACAUAGACACGCCUUCGGCCUCCAUCCUGGUCGACUCGAUUGUUCUGAAGCCAAGGAUAGACGUGAUACCCUUCUUCAAGACUCCGGGUCUGGGUGAGCUACGUCGCCAAGAAUACGAACGUUACCACUGUAACGAAUUGUUCAACGAUGUCAAUAGCGUGUGGAGCAACGUGCCUGAGAUCUGCAGAAAAUAUCAGAACAGCAUCGGCUAUUACGUCUUCGACGGCGCUCACUCUUGCGAGUGUAAUCCAACGGGCUCUCGCAGUCUUCUGUGCGAGAACUACGGCGGGAUGUGCCCGUGCAAGCCGAACGUGGUCGGCAGACGUUGCGAUCGUUGCGCGCCGGGCACCUACGGAUUCGGCCCGGAGGGAUGCAUCCCCUGCGACUGCGACGGCGUCGGCGCCCUCGACAAUUUCUGCGACGUCGAGACCGGCCGCUGCAAGUGCCGCCCCAACACCUACGGCAGGACCUGCGGCCAGUGCGAGCCCGGCUUCUGGAACUUCCCGCACUGUCAGCGCUGCGAGUGCCACGGACACGCGGAUAGCUGCGACUCGAAGACCGGGGCCUGCAUCAACUGUCGAGAUUAUACCACCGGGCACAAUUGCGAUCGUUGCGUCGACGAUUUCUACGGCGAUCCGCGAAUUGGCGUGGAUAUACCUUGCAGAGCGUGUCCUUGUCCGGGCACACGCGAAUCCGGUCACUCCUAUGCCAACAGCUGUUCAUUGGACUCAGUAACACAGGACGUAGUGUGCGAAUGUUUCGAGGGAUACUCCGGACCUCGCUGCGAGCAUUGCGCCGAGAAUUAUUUCGGCGAUCCAGAGGUGCCAGGCGGUAGCUGCCAACUCUGCGAAUGUAACAACAAUACGGACCUACGUCGCCCUGGUAACUGCGACCCGCACACCGGUCAUUGCCUUCAAUGUCUGUUCAACACCGACGGUCCCACUUGCGAGGUGUGUAAAGCGGGAUUCUACGGAGACGCUCUGCGGCAGGACUGUCAGGACUGCGGAUGCAACGUCCUGGGCACCGACAAGGCCGCGGGACCGUGUAAUCAUCGCAGUGGUCAGUGUCCGUGUCUACCGCAUGUCAUAGGACAGCUCUGCGACUCCUGCGAGGAGAAUCAUUGGAGGAUAGCCAGCGGGCAAGGCUGCGACCCUUGCGAGUGCGACGCGGUUGGAAGUAUUUCAGACAGAUGCAACCCCUUCGACGGCACUUGCGAGUGUAGGCCAGGAUUCGGCGGCAGACGGUGCAACGAGUGUCAGACAAACUUCUGGGGUAACCCGAACAUAGAGUGUUAUCCAUGCGAGUGCGACGUGAUCGGCUCUGCGAGUCAACAAUGCAACAGGGAGACCGGGGUAUGCGUUUGCCACAAGGGCAUCGGCGGUGAGAAAUGCGACCAGUGCGACCGCGGCUAUCACGGCGAGGCUCCACAAUGCAGUCCGUGUGGCGAAUGUUUCGACAACUGGGAUCUGAUCCUGGACGGUCUCACGAACAAGACAAACGCGGUCAUUCAGGAGGCCUCGAGGAUACAGAAGGUCGGCACGACCGGCGUGUACAGCCAGGAAUUCGACGACAUGAAGGACUCCCUGAACGAAGUGCGGGAUCUGAUCGGCAACACCACUAUCCGGAGUCAAGACCUAGACGCGUUGGACGACUUGGCCAAUGAGUUAGAGAAGAAUAUUUCCGAAUCGGCCAAGCAGUUGGCUGAAGCGAGCAAUCAAUUUGAGAAUCUCAGUCAGCGAGUUAAUCUUGGCGAUGUCGCGUUGAAGAAGUUGAGAAACAGGACAAACAGCCUGCACGAGACCGCCGCCGAUUUGCGAGAAAAUGCCACGAGACUGCAGGAGGAGAAUGUUCUGGGCGCGCUGAACGUGACCCAGCAGAUGGCCGAGCAGUCCAGGCAGGCCGAGAGGACGGCAAACGACACUACGAAUGUCCUCAGCGAUGCGGAACGAUUCCGCAAGCAUACCGAGAAUCUUCUGGCGAAGAAUCGCGCCUCCGUGACCGAGGCUCAAGAGAGGAACAAGGAAUCGUUGACGAAACUGAAUGAGAAGCUGAAGACAUUCGGUAUGGCGAUACCUGAACUGAAUCUGCAGAUGUGCGGUGACAAUGUGACGGAUUGCAGCACCGUCUGCGGUGGUGCGGGCUGCGGCUUCUGCGGAGGAUUAUCUUGUCACGUGGGCGCGGUCAGCAAGGCCAAUCAAGCUCUGGAUGUUGCCAAGCAGCAAGCUGCCAAGAUCAAGGGCCACAAGGACGAGGCCGAACAACUGUUACGCAAUAUGAGCCAAAUCAGGCAAGACGCGACAGCGGCAAGAUCCAACGCUCAAGACGCCUUCAAUUACGCAUGGGAGGCGCGCAAUCGUUCCGAUAAGAUCACCAAGGACCUCUCAGAUAUAACCAAGCAAAUCUGGAGCGCUCUGAACGAGGACCAGCCUACACCAGCCAUGGUGAGAGAUCUCGCGUACGAGGUGCUCGCGAAGAACAUCCAGCUGGAGCCGGAUGAAAUCACGCGGUUAGCCGAUCGCAUCAAGAGCAUCGUGGGCUCUCUCACUGACUCUGAGAAGAUUCUCGCCGAUACCAAGGACGAUCUGCAGAAAGUGCGUGAUCUCGAGGCACGCGCCAACCGCACCAAAGAUUUCGCCAUCGAGAAGCAAACCUUGGCGAACAAGGUGAUCCUGCUGUUGAACGACGCGCAGAAGGCGCAACACCUGGCGCAGGACGCGAUCGACAAGGCGGAAGCUGACGUGUCCAAAUCGCAGAAAGAUCUCGCGGACAUCGCCGACGUGACAAAGGCCGCUCAAAUCCAGGCUAACAGCACCACGCAUACGGUGGAGGCACUGGAUGCCCGUUUGAAGCAGCUUCAAACGCAAUCUGCGAAGAACGGUUUUAUCCUGGCGGAGAUCGGCACGGAGGCGAAGAAGGUCGCCGACGAGGCCCAGCUGAUCGACAGCAAGACGAAGAAGCUGUCGGAGGAGUACAAGAGGGCGGACGAGUCGCUGAAUCUGCGGGUGAACAAGAGCAAAGGCGAUAUUCAGCGGGCGAAAAGACUCCUGCAGCGUGCCUCCGAGCUGACGGCGGACACGUCGACCAAGUCCAAGGAUCUGGACGGCAUGGAGAGCGUUUACAAGGACAACGAGCGGCUGCUGACGGACCUGAUGAGCGACGUGGACGCGCUGACAAUGGAGAUGGAGAGACACUUGGCGGAGAUCGAGAACAAGUCGCAGGUGUACAGACAGUGCUCCGCUUAAAAAUUCAAUCAGUUGAGGGAAUCAUUUCCCGAUUUGCGAAUUUCAUCUGCAAAACGAUACAUAUCGAUAACCAGUGGAUCUUUUCUUCGUUUGAUACACAGAUAACUGUCCGCGCGGUAGAAUCUCUUGCUCCACAAACGAGAGCCCCUUUCCAGUGUUACAUCUCACUUACUGCAUUUUACCGCGAGAUAUGUUAGGUCUUAUUAGUAAGAUCGGUGCUUUAUACUUGUGCAAUAGUCGUGAGUUUUAUCUUGAUUUAUAGGAAACGGAUAUGCGUAUAUAUAUUUACAUAUUGCAUAUACAAUAUAUAUAUAUAUACACAUUUGGCAUUCGCAACUUAUUUCGAAUAUUGCGAAAGGCGAGGAGAUUAUUAUUAGUGCCAUAAAUAUAUAAAUGGAGGGGCCAUCAGUAGUUGUAAAGAGGACGAUUUGUACGUAAGUCAGUUAAAAUAUCGCUUCAAGCAAAUUCGAGGUAUCUUCUCUAGCUUUUUAGCUUCGCUAAAUUUUCUCCAAUUCUUCUUGCAAUUUUUAUAUUUUUAUAUUUCGUAGCACACACUUUUUUACUUUUAUAAUAAGAAUAUUCUAUACCAGAAUAUCUAUAUAAAUAGUUUCUAUCCGCUGAUGCAUAUAUACGACAAUUUCUUACACAUCGUACUUAAAGAAACACCGUAGCGAAGUAUUAAGCUCGUGUUCCAUAGAUGAUACAUUAAAAAUAAUUAAAGAGUAAUGUAAAUAAUUAAAAUAAACGUAAUACAGGAUUAAGAUAUUAAAAUAGAUAUUCUGCAACGGAUCUACCGAAUAUGAAAUGUUCGAUAUAUCGCCGAGACACAUUUAUCUACAAAUGGACAAAAGUUCAAGUGGCCUUGUCGAUUAUUACAAUGCCUGUAAAUAAUUACAGUCUGCGCAUCUGUAAAUAUUUAAUGUUACAUACCUAUAUGAAUUCACGAUGUUCGACGGCUUUUUAUCUCUAGACCUUUUAAUUUUUCUUUUACAGCUCCAAUCCUAAUUCUCAUUUUUAUUAAAAAAUAGCAAAACCUUACGCGAGAAAUAUAAUAGAAACGACAAAAUUCGUGUAAUUAUUCUGGCGAUACAAAAACGAAAGGAACAAGAUCCUGUUAUUUAUAUCAUCAUUGCACGCGAUCGAUCCUCAUACAUUACAUCAAAUAUCGUCGAGAUUAUCGCUUAAAAGUGGGCGAACGAUGCUAUGAUCAAGCCAAAAAGAAUUCAAUAUUUAAGGUCAUACUACGCAUAGCGAUAUUAUACUGUAAUGUUAGAGAGAAAUAAAUGAGUUGCCAAAAAGAAGAAAGGA